AAUGUCUCUCCCGUGCAGCAGUUGGCAGUAAUGCGCUCUUGACGGCUGAGGGCCGUGUGCAAAAACAAAAACAUGGCGACGUCCUUGGUCAGACAGACAAAAUUGCUGUCGAUUGUGAGCAGCCAGUUGAAUUCUGCUGCAUGUUUCAGGAACAUUCACUGCUCUGCAGCUUGUUUGAAGAACCGUGCAGCUCGUAUUCGAGUGGGAAAAGGAGACAGGUCAGUGACUUAUGAGCAGGCGUAUCACCCUCAUCACAUCGGCCACAGGAAAGGUUGGCUCUCACAACACACCAGUAAUCUUCAGGGUGAAGAUGGUGCGGCGGAGCGUGUAGUGGAGGACGUCUUCAUCAGACGCUUCAUGUACGGCACGUUUCACGGCUGUUUAGCGGAUGAGGUGGUGAUCAAACGCAGAGGAAACCUCCUGGUCAUCUGUGCUGUGAUGAUACAGAAACUCUUACCGUCAAAAUUCUACUUUCUCAUUGGUUACACAGAGGAACUGCUCUCGCAUUUCUACAAAUGUCCAGUUAAAAUCGAGAUGCAGACGGUAGAAGAAAAAGUAGUCUAUAAAUAUCUCUGAGGCCAUGUGUUCUGUGUUUAGAAAACUGCUAUUAAAGGGAGAAGCUUAA